AUGUCAGAGAACACUUCAAGCAUGAAUCAGACAAACGCAAGCUCAGCCAGACAAGCUUUCUCUUUUGAUAAUCCAUUGUAUGAUUUAACACUUUAUGCCGGAAGAUUCAAAAGCGUAUGGGCCUCAACAAAUCCUCUCUUGUUCUUAGUUACAAACAAGCAGAUUAAAGAUGCUGAACAAGUGUUGAGUCAUUACAAAGAAAUGGAAAAUAAGGCAAAGAAAAGAGGAGAGUCCAUGAUGCUAUCUCAAGAAGAGAUUACAAACAUUAAGAAGAGUGAUAGCAUUGUAAGAUCCUCAGUUCAUCCAGAUACUAAGGAAAUAAUCCCUCGCUACAUGAGGUUUUCUGCAUAUCUAUAUGCAAACAUCCCAAUCAACUUUGGUUUCCUCUUGACUGCUCCAACCACUUUCAAUAUCGCCUUAUGGCAGUGGAUCAAUCAGACAUACUAUGUAGGAGUUAACUAUGCCAAUAGGAAUGCUGCUUCUAAAUUCUCAAAUCAAGAUCUUGUGCUUUCUUAUUUUGGUGCAGUCAUGGCUUCAAUUGGUGUCGGGCUUGGAGUGAAAAGGUUCAUUGAGCCUUUUAAGAACAGUUUCACUGGAAGCAAAGCCUUCUUCUUCAUGUUCACUAUCUCAUUCAUUGCAAACUCAGCAGCUAACGGGACUAACCUCCUCAUUAUUAGAAGCAAAGAGUUCAAAAAUGGAAUUCCUGUUACUACUGAAGAUGGUGAAGAAGUAGGAAUCUCUCAAAAAGCAGGAAGAAGUGCAGUGUUACAGACAGCCUUCACCAGAUGUAUCAUGCCAGUCCUCCCAUUGGGAAUCCCCACUGUGUCAUUCUUCAUUUUGGAUAAACUCAGACUGAUUCCUCAAAACAAUAUACUAAAGAUACUUCAGCAGACUUUUGUUUUCUCAUACUCGAUUAUGUUUGCUCCUGCUAUGGGAUGAGCCUUCUUCCCACUGAUUGUAAGAAGAAACGUGAAAGACUUGGAGCCUGAAUUCCAUAACUUAAAGGACAAGGAUGGUAAACAAAUCACUGAACUAUUUUUCAACAAAGGUUUGUAA